CAGCAUCGAGAAAGCAUCGAACAAGUCGUUGCCGUUGUGGUUUGAACAAUUCGACGCGUUUGUUAGCACCUCAAGAUUGAUGCGACAACAAACAACUCGAUUGCAGUGCCGCAACUGCCGCGCCGAAUAAAUAUGGCAGCCCCCGACCUCUCACCUCGCCGCCCCACGCGCACCCCUGCUAGACCGCGCGCUACCUCGUCGCAACUACCUGACUCAGAACCCCCCACGAAACGAAGAAGAUACGUUCCCGGCGGCCCGGGAGGUGGUGGACGCUGGCUCGACGAACAAGGCAACGAAACAACAGCCCCGACCUCGGUGCGCCGACACCGAUCAGACAUGACCGGAGAUGACCACGACGAGGACAUGUCAAGUCCCAGAAGCUCUCGCCGCCCGCCUCCAUCCACACGUCCGCGCAGAGAUCGAGACAGAAACCGCGAUCGCAGAGCAGCCGCAACUCCUAGGCCUCGCUACAGCAGUGCUGCCGCUGCGGCCGCCGCAAGUCAAGCCAGUGAUGGAUACAAGCCAAGAGAAGAAAGAAGCUGGGAAGAAUUCCAUCCAGAUCUUGAAGUGGACCAAGACCUUGGUGUGUUCUCUGCCGAUGAGGUAGAUGGUCGCAAUAUGGAGACUCUGGUUGAGAGCGAUGUGAUGUCUCCACUGGCCGGCUUCGUACCUAUGGAAACUCCCAUCAAGCGCAAACCUGGCAGACCACCGAAGCGACCCGAAAGCAUGUUGUCCGGUCUUGGUUCUCCUCCCGCACCUCGUAUACUACCUCUUCCCACACACAACCCCAAAGAGCGCCUCAAUCUACCCAAGCCAGCAUAUCGCAAUGUCGACACGUUCGCACGUUACGAGCAGGAUGGCUCAAACCAAACCAAUUACGUCGACAAGACAAUGGCCAAUGCCGGUUAUCAGGAGGGGGAUCGCUUCGAUAUACCCAAACAUACCCUCAUCCGUCACGUUGAAGGCCCCUACGAUGACGACAGCAUAACAAGCCUCGUCGUUCAGUCCGACAAGCCAGAUGAGUCUCAUCCAGCCGCCCCACCCCCCGUGAUCAAUGUCGAGUACGAUAUGGACGAACAGGAUGAGCGCUGGCUGGAAAUGCACAACGCUCGUCGCAAGGAGGAACAGGUCGAAACAGUCAAACCUGCCGUGUUUGAGAUUACUAUGACCCAGAUCGAGCGCGAAUAUCACGCCCUGGAGAAAAAGAUUCCCAAACCGAACCCGAGGCAUGCCCAAAUCACAAGACCCCGUUCGAGUUCAGCCGCCGCUGUCAACGGAGAGCCCAGCGGACCAGCCGACGAGCCUGACACUAAGUGUGCUGUGUGUGACGAUGGGGAUUGUGAGAACGCCAAUGCUAUCAUCUUCUGUGAUGGCUGCGAUCUAGCUGUUCACCAAGAGUGUUACGGAGUGCCCUUCAUCCCCGAGGGUCAGUGGUUUUGCCGCAAAUGCAAGGAAAUUGGCCGCGGAACUCCCACUUGCGUCUUUUGCCCGAACGUUGACGGCGCCUUCAAACAGACGAACACGCUCCGCUGGUCGCAUCUGCUUUGUGCUCUUUGGAUUCCAGAAAUAACCAUCGCUAACAUGACCUUCAUGGAGCCAAUCACCGAUGUUGAAAAAGUGCCAAAGAGUCGUUGGAGUCUCAAAUGCUAUCUUUGCCAGCAGAACAUGGGUGCCUGCAUACAGUGCGGCAACAAGGCGUGCUACCAAGCGUUCCAUGUCACAUGCGCAAGGCGUGCUAAACUGUUUCUUAGAAUGAAAUCGACCCACGCUGGAGGUAUUGACGCUUCUGUCCUCAAGGCUUUCUGUGACCGUCAUGUACCUCAAGAUUGGCGUAAAGAACACGAUGUCGACAGUGCUGUUGCAGAAGCCAAACGUUACUAUCGACACACGAUGAGAAACAGAAAAUGGGCAGACAGCUCCAGUACUGCGCUCUCCGUGGCCCCCGCGUCUCAUAAAGACGUGACAACUGACAAUGCCGACGAGCUAGGUCACGCGGAUGAUACCAUCGUCGUUGCUGCAAACAAACGCAAAAAGGCCCAACCCUUGAAAGCUGGCUGGCGCUUGCCGUCUGGUGCGCCCGUUGUCCCUACUGUUGUUUUAAAUACGGUGGAAGCCUCUCUUAUACGCUUUACGCUUAGAAAGAAGAAAGAAUUUGUCAGCGAGGCUUGCAGAUAUUGGACGCUGAAGAGGGAAGCCCGUAAGGGUGCUGCCCUGCUGAAGCGUCUCCAGCUCUCGCUGGAGUCCUUCACCCCCAUGGAGAUUACUCGCCGCAAUUUCUCGGGCAUGGGCGCUGCGGGCAGACCGCGCUUGCUCAGGAGAAUUGAGUUUGGUGAUCUCCUCCGCAAAGACGUGGAUAGUUUGGGAGAUCUUGUCACAUCCAUCCGCGAACGCGAAAAUUUAAGCCUUGUUGACACCACUGAGGUCCUCAAGAGCUUCAUCGAGAACGUCUACUUUCCCAUUCCAUCCCUUCUUCAGCCAAUCCUGCAGCGAGCACAGAAGCUUGAUGAGAAGACAGGCUUUUUCAAAGAAGGAUUCGAGGAGCUUGAUCGAAAGCUGUUCGAACGGCGUUACACCUCGGUAACCGAAUUCUCGAAAGACGUUACUGCGGUGCUGUCUGGUGGCAUAGCAAAACCUGAUAUAAACAACACUGAACUCCAUGAUGUGAACGAGAUUCACGAUCAGCUCAACGAGAUACCUGCAGGUACCGCAGAGCAUCUGGCCUUGACGCAGGAAGAGAAAGAGCUUAAGAGGCUCAAGAAACGCAUUGUCAAGGCGAUUAAGAAUCACUUGGACACUGCCGCGAAGAAAGAAGCUGAAUUGAAAGACAUCCCCAUCGAAGAUCUGGAUCCUCGCUGGGCUGCUUUCGAUGCUCCUCUCAAGAACUCUACCCGGACAGACGGCACGUCUGCAUUGCCAACAACAGAAACGGGUGAAAACAUCUCACCUGAUGCAAGUGUCUCUGCAAUUGCAGGCGCUUCCCCUGGCGGCAACAACAACCGCCUUGACGACGAUGUCGAGAUGGCGGACGCAGAUGCCGAGGAAGAUGCUGAUGCCGAUGGCGAGAUUGACAUGGAGUUCAAUGAUACUGCUCAUACAUCUGUCGACCCGGAAGCCGUGCCAGCCAAGGGUACUAUGCCCAGACCAGCACAACCUCUUUCUCCCCCCAACUCUACGUCGAGUGUUCAUAACAAUAACACUGAUGGCAAUACCGAGCCUCAACCCCAAGAGAUUGCUCCGUCUGCCACCAAUCCGCAGGACCCAUGGGCUCAAGGUGGUGUACCAUGGUAUUUCGAACACUUCGACAUCUCUGGCACGACGGUCUACGAAGAGCGAUGGACAGGUCGCGAUGCGUUGUCAGAGGACCUCACCGAUCUGGACGAAGAAGAAGUCGCCGACCUUUGCGAGAAGCCUACAGAAGGCAACGACAGCACCAAGAGUCGAACAAGAAGUUCAGCACGUAUCAAGCGAGCUGAAGAGACUAGCACCACAUCACAUGAAGACGAAGAAGAGGUCGUAGCAGCAGAGCCAGAACAAACUGAAGCGCAAAAGGCCGAUAGAGCGAAGAAGGACAAAGCCAACGCAAGACGCAGAGCUCAAAGAAAGCGCAAGUGGUAAUGAUCUGUGUGUUUUCCUGGAUGAUAAUCAGAAAGGUGUUAUGGGCGUUUUUCCUUAUCGAGUGGGUGUUUUUCAAGCCACGGCUGAGAACAGGGCAGGUGUUUGGGAAAUUUGCCUUUUUUCUUCUUCAUGAGAGAUGAACACAGUUGCUAUGUCCUUUUGGCGGAGAGGUCUGCGGGAAGGCAGAAACAACACAUAAUCUUUGACAAGUAAGGGGAGUGCGGAAGGCUUGUCUGCAGUGCAAGUCUUCGAUUUUGUUAGUGUUAACCAAGAACGAUGAUGCGAUAUUGAUCAAUUCAACCCCAAUUCUUUACAAUCAUCUUGACUUCUCUCUGCUUGCCGCUUGUCUGGCUUCCUUCCGUG